GCUCGGCUGUGAGCUCCCUCACAGUAUAUAUAUAAGCCGCCGUGCUCAGUGUCAGCACUCACUCUGCGCCUGUGUUGGAGUGCACUUGGUGUGUGCACAGCCACAGUGUUCUGUAUGAACACCGCUCCUUCUGUUUGCUUCUCCCAGUCAGUCACUUGGUUCGCCACUGUAUGCAACUACUCCCUCCCCUGACACUCAGUUCGCUGUUUCCCCUAAAGCAGCCGGCUUGCAGCCUUCUUCCCAGCUCCGGGUCACAUCGAGGCCGAUCACCAGGACGGGCACGUACUAUACUAACCCAAGACUAUGCUGUUCCUCGCUGGAUCAUCUACUGACAAGUUCCGUGUUUGAUGAGGAUGUCAGUCAGCAUGCACGAGAAUCGGAAAUCAAGAGUUAGCAAUGGCUCAAUGAAUAUUUACCUCUUCCACAAAGCUACAUAUGCUGACAGCGUUCUUACGCACCUGAAUCUUCUACGACAGCAGAGACUUUUUACAGAUGUCCUCCUCCAUGCAGGAGAAAAGACUUUCCCAUGCCACAGGGCUGUGCUGGCUGCAUGUAGCCGAUAUUUUGAAGCUAUGUUCAGUGGAGGAUUACGUGAGAGCAAGGACAAUGAAGUAAACUUCCAUAAUUCAAUACACCCAGAGGUUCUGGAACUCCUCCUAGACUAUGCUUACUCAUCUCGAGUGCUUAUUAAUGAAGAAAACGCCGAGUCCCUCCUGGAGGCUGGGGAUAUGCUGCAGUUCCAGGACAUUCGUGAUGCUUGUGCUGAAUUCCUGGAGAAAAAUCUUCAUCCGACGAACUGUCUUGGCAUGCUGCUGCUUUCUGACGCCCAUCAUUGCACCAAGCUUUAUGAGCUCUCCUGGAGAAUGUGCCUCAGCAACUUUCCAACCAUCAGCAAGAGUGAAGACUUCCUGCAGUUACCAAAGGACACUUUGGUGCAACUUCUGUCUAGCGAAGAGCUGGAGACAGAAGAUGAGAAGCUUGUGUAUGAGACCACCAUAAAAUGGGUGAAGUAUGACGUGAACAGGCGCCACUGUUGUUUGCCAGAACUGUUGCAAACCGUCCGGUUAGCUCUGUUACCAGCUGUUUACUUGAUGGAGAAUGUGGCCAUGGAAGAGCUUAUAACCAGGCAGAUGAAGAGUAAAGAGUUAAUUGAAGAAGCUAUACGUUGCAAAUUAAAAAUUUUACAGAAUGAUGGAGUGGUGACAAGCCUUUGUGCCAGACCUCGUAAAACAGGUCACGCCUUGCUCUUGCUUGGAGGACAGACUUUCAUGUGUGACAAAGUUUACUUAAUAGACCAUAAGGCAAAGGAGAUCAUUCCAAAGGCAGAUAUCCCCAGCCCUCGCAAAGAGUUUAGUGCAUGUGCAAUUGGCUGCAAGGUAUAUGUGACUGGGGGACGUGGGUCAGAAAAUGGUGUCUCCAAAGAUGUCUGGGUUUACGACACUCUUCACGAAGAGUGGUCAAAAUCUGCUCCGAUGCUUGUUGCGAGGUUUGGCCAUGGAUCUGCUGAGCUGAAGCAUUCUCUGUAUGUGGUUGGUGGGCACACUGCAGCCACAGGCCGGCAGCCAGCAUCCCCCUCAGUCUCUCUCAAACAAGUAGAACAGUAUGACCCAGUGACCAACAAGUGGGCAAUGGUAGCCCCUCUUCGCGAAGGGGUUAGCAAUGCAGCUGUGGUCAGUGCCAAGCUGAGGCUGUUUGCCUUUGGUGGUACUAGUGUCAGCCAUGAUAAACUGCCUAAAGUACAGUGCUACGACCCAUGUGAAAACAGGUGGACUGUGCCAGCUACCUGCCCUCAGCCGUGGAGGUACACAGCUGCAGCUGUACUGGGCAACCAGAUUUUCAUCAUGGGUGGGGAUACUGAAUUCUCAGCAUGCUCUGCAUAUAGGUUUAACAGUGAGACCUACCAAUGGACUAAGGUUGGGGAUGUGACUGCAAAACGAAUGAGCUGCCAUGCUGUAGCCUCUGGCAAUAAACUCUAUGUAGUUGGGGGCUAUUUUGGCACACAAAGAUGUAAAACUCUAGACUGCUACGAUCCCACUUUGGACACAUGGAAUAGCAUCACUACUGUACCAUAUUCAUUAAUUCCGACAGCAUUUGUUAGUACGUGGAAGCAUCUUCCUGCAUAGAAGAACAAUUCUUCAAAAUCUCAUAGGACUCCUGAUGUGAAGAUUUUGUAUACUGUGAAGCAACACAACUUAAAUGAAGAAGAUAAAACCCUCUUCAUCUGUUUGAGCUAAAAUGAUUUAGUUUCAGCAACCAGCACCUAUUUUGAUGUGAAGAAAAGAAUUUGGUUCCACAUGCACGCAUUCUUCGUGAUGAUGAAGCGAUUUCUGAAUAAGGAUUGAUUGCCAGUAGCGAUAAAUUGUGGACUC